AUGCCUCGUUCUUCGCCGCACAGCUCCCCACAGGCACGGCCUCCGUGCGCUGCGCCCGCCGCCGCUGCCGCCCCGACCCCCGCACACAUGAGAUCUGUCAUGUGGGGGUCUAUGUCUUUGCAGGUUGUGAUGGCGCCGACGACGGACGCGACGGUCCGGCAGUCCGCGUCGAUCGCGUUCAAGAACCACGUCAAGUCCGGCUGGACGCCCAAGGACGAGGACACCGCCGCCGUCGUCCAGGACGACGAGAAGGCGCAGAUCCGCGGCCACCUCGUGACGCUCAUGAUGUCGACGCCCCCGCUCGUCCAGGCGCAGCUCUCCGAGGCCCUCGCGAUCGUCUCUCUCCAUGACUGGCCUGCGCGCUGGCCGGACCUCCUUCCGCGCCUCGUCCAGGAGCUGCAGAGCAACAGCGGCGACUGGACGAAGCUCCAGGGCGUCCUCGACGCGGCCAACUCCAUCUGCAAGCGCUUCCGCGGCAAGGAGCUCAAAGGGCAGCUCAACACCGAACUCAAGGACUGCCAAACGGCGUUCGGCCCGUUCGUACUGAAGCUCGUGCAGGAGGCCACGGCGGUCAUCAAGGGCGCGGCGGGCGCCGGGCGCGACGUCCUCGAGCCGCCCCUGCGCUGCGUGCGGCUCGCGUUCCGCAUGUUUUACUCUUUGAACUAUUUCGGGCUGAGCGAGUACUUCGCCGAGGCCCUGCGCGACUGGAUGGAGGAGUUCCGCGUGUACCUGCGGCUCGACACGCCGAACCUCGUCGAGGCGGACCCGGAGCGGCAGUCCCCCCAGGACGCCGUGCGCGCUGCCGUGUGUGCAGCGCUCAACAUCUUGAUCGAAACCGAGGAGGACGACGUCGCGCCGUACCUUCCGCAGCACCUCGAGGACGUGUGGUCGCUGCUCACGCAGGCCGGGCCGCGGCCGGGGCAGGACGCGAUGGUGAUGGAGGCGAUCAAGGUGCUGGACAAGUGUGUUCGUGGCGGCAGCAGUCAUGUGUUCGCGAACGAGGCCGUGCUGCGGCAGGUGGUUGAGAGCAUCGUGAUCCCGAACAUCCGCCUGCGCGAUACGGACGAGGAGCUCUUCGACAUGAACCCCGCGGACUUCAUCAUGCGCGACUCGGAGGGCUCGGACAGCGACACGCGGCGCCGGAUGGCCUGCGAGCUCGUCCGGUCCCUCGCGCGCCGCUUCCAGCGCGAGGUCACGCAGCUCUGCCUGCAGUACAUCAACGCCAUGCUCCAGGAGUACGAGGCCGCGCCCACCGCGCAGUACGUCGCGAAGGACUGCGCCGUCGCGCUGAUGCUCGCGGUCGCCGUGCGGGGCAAGACGGCGGCGCUCGGGGCCACGGAGGUCACCGAGGGCAUCGACGUGCGCGAGUUCUGGACGCGCCACAUGGCGCCCGAGCUCGCCCCGCGCGCCCAGGGCGGCCCGCCGCGGCACCCCAUCCUGGCGGCCGCCGCCCUCAAGUUCGCGACGACGUUCCGGCUGCAGCUCGUGAAGGCCGACAUCCUGCCGCACCUCCCGCACAUCGUGCAGCUCCUCGGCAGCGACUCGAACGUCGUGCACUCGUACGCCGCGGCGUGCAUCGAGAAACACCUCGGGGUGAAAGAGGGGGGGUCCCAGGGCCUGCCAGUCGCGCUGCCGGGCGCGGCCGCGGCCGCGGGCCCGCCGCGGUACUCCCCCGCGGACCUCUCGAGCCUCUUCGAGCCGCUCAUGGCGGGGCUCUUCAGCGCCCUGAGUCAGCCCGACUCGGAGCAGAACGAGCACGUCAUGCGCUGCGUUCUGCGAGUGAUCACCUUCCUGGGGCCCGCCGUGGCGCCCGCGGCGCCGGCGUGCCUGCAGCACCUCGGCAAGACGCUGCUCGACGUCUGCAAGAACCCCACGAACCCGGCGUUCUCGCAUUUUCUGUUUGAGGCGCUGGCGGCGCUGAUCCGCUUCACGGCGGCCAGCAACGCCGCCGCGAUCGAGGGCUUCGAGGCCGGCCUGCACCCGGCGUUCAACCACGUCCUGCAGGAGGACGUCCAGGAAUUCGCGCCCUAUGUGUUCCAGGUCCUCGCGCAGAUGCUCGAGCUCCGCCCCGCGCCCGUCCCGGCCUACUACAUGCAGCUCCUGCCGCCGCUCCUGUCGCCGACGCUCUGGGAGCGCACCGGCAACAUCCCCGCCCUCGCCCGGCUCCUCACGGCGUACCUCCGGCGCUGCGGCGCCGCCGUCGUCGACGGCAACCACCUCCUCCCGGUCCUCGGCGUCUUCCAACGCCUCAUCGCGACCCGCGCCCACGCCCACGGCGGCUUCAUGAUCCUCGAGGCUCUCGUCGAGGAGCUCGAGCUCGCGGCGUACGAGCAGCACCUGACGACGGUCUGGCAGCUGCUCUUCUCGCGGCUGCAGCAGGCGCGCCAGGCGGAGCGCCCGGACGCGCGGUUCCCGCGCCUGUUGCUCGGGUUCAUCUCGACCCUCGUCCACAAGCACGGCCUCGACGCGCUGCAGGCGUCGAUCGACAAGCUGCAGCCGGGGCUCUUCGGGGGCAUCGCGAGGAACGUCUGGCCGCAGACGCUGCCGACGGUACGCGGGAAAGCCGAAGUCAAGCUGGUCGGCGUCGCUACCGUCACGCUCCUCACCUCGUGCGCGGCCCUCACGGACUGGCCGGCGGGGCAAGACGCGUGGGUGCACAACCUGGACGCUCUGUGCGGGUUGCUGGGCCGCGGGGCCGUCGACGCGCCCGCGCCGAUCGCGGCGUUCGAGGACCCGCUUGAGGACAUGGCGGGGCUCGGGUACCAAGCGUCGUUUGUCCCGCUGGCGAACUCGGCGCCCAAGCCGCGAGACGCGCUCCCGUCGGUGACCAGCCUCGCGCAGCACGCGGCGACCGCGCUCGCGGCGUUCGCGCAGCAGCGGCCGGGGCAGGUCGGCCCCGCGAUGCAGCGGCUCGGGAGCGAGGCGCAGGGGGCGCUGCAGGAGGCGUUUGCCAGCGCGGGGGUGUCGGUAGCGUAG